GUUGCCGCGGUAACGGCAGCCCCGGGCAUGGCGGCGGGGCGCGCCCCGUGGUGGGGAGCAGAGCGGGGGACCUCUAGGGUGGUAUCAGGUGCUGAAAGAGACCGGCAAUGGCGUGGUGCAGGGUGCUCCGCGGAAGGAGUUGGUGCUUGGCAAUAUAGUCUUGGAAAUAGCCGGCAAAGCUACCUAAGACUGUGUUGAAAAUGCUGGGAGAGAAAAGGCAAUUAAUUGUGAAAAGAGACCUUUAUACAGACCCCACGUUUCCAGCCAGUGAUACCUCUUUAUUUUUUGAUUAUUCUACCCCACUUGCACAGUUCAGAGGCAAGAUCUCUUGGUUGAGACCUAAGGACAUUUGUUCUGCUCCUCGGUUAUUUUCAAGCAAUCUGCAGGAUGUGCAAGUGAAACAAGGGAUAUUGGGAGACUGUUGGUUCCUGUGUGCCUGUAUAGUUUUGCAGAAGAGUAAAUACCUACUGAACAAGGUAAUCCCUCCAGGUCAGCCCAGCUGGACAGAUGAGUCAUAUCAAGGCUGCUUCACUUGUCGAGUUUGGCAGUUUGGACACUGGGUGGAAGUGACCAUCGAUGACCGUUUGCCUUGCCUUGGUGGUAAACUCUGCUUUUCCCAGUGUCAGACCGAGGAUUUGUUUUGGCUUCCACUCUUGGAAAAAGCUUAUGCAAAGUAUGUGAAUACUGUUAUUUGGGCAAGUAAAGGGAGAGUGCAUGGAUCUUAUGAACAGUUGUGGGCAGGACAGGUGGCAGACGCUUUGGUGGAUCUGACUGGCGGAAUUGCUGAAAGAUGGACCCUAAAAAGCCCUGGAAGAAAUAUGGAGAAAGAGAAGUCUGGCAUGGUUUUGGAGAAAGAUGUGUUUAGAAGAUUAAUGAAUCUGAAGGAACAGUGUGUAAUAAGCUGCUCAGUCCUCGAUUCCAGACAAGGUGCAAGCGAACUAGGAGAAUUUCAUGCCUUUAUUGUGAUAGACAUGUUGAAUGUGUCUGAAGUGUCAGGCAAGGAAAUCUUUCUACUUCGAAUACGAAACCCUUGGGGGAGGCGGUGCUGGAGAGGACCCUGGUGUGAGGGUGGUCAAGGAUGGAGUCAGCUCGAUCCAGUCGUUGCCUCAAAACUGCUCUCACAGAUCCAAGAGGGAGAAUUCUGGGUUGAUGAAGAGGAAUUUUUCAGGGAAUUUGAUGAGAUUACCAUGGGCUUUCCAGUAAAUGAGGAAGGACAACUUCAGAGCCUCUCUACAGGGAAAGUGCUGUAUCACUCUCAGAAUCUCUUUGGAUCCUGGGUGAGAGGCCAGUCUGCUGGUGGCUGCCGUAACAACAGCAGCUUCCCUACCAACCCUAAGUUCUGGCUGAGAGUCUGUGAAAAGAGCGAGGUGUGCAUUGCUCUGCUGCAGAAACAUAGGAAAUACCAUGCUGACUGGGCUGGAAGAAUUAAAAAUCUGACUCACUUAGCAGGGGAAAAUCUAUCUUUGACUGAAGGCAUACAGGGGAAGAAUUACCAGGCUGUGGGAUUGCAUGUCUGGAAGGUGGAGAAGAAACGAUUUAAUCUUCCAAAGACCCUCUCUGCUCCCCCAGUUGUAGGUACUGUCUGCCAUUCCUAUGACAGAGAAGUACAUGUAUGCUGUGACCUCUCGCCUGGGUUUUAUCUUGUUGUUCCCAGCACUUUUCUGAAAGAUGCAGUAGGGAAUUUCUUGCUUCGAGUAUUUUCAACAGGAAGGAUCUCUCUCAGUGAGCUAAAGCCACCUCCCACAGAUGGUACCCUCUGUGAAGAGCUCCCAGCAGGUGAAUGGGAGACAGUGCAGCUGCAUGGAUGCUGGAAAAAUGGGCAAAGUGCCGGAGGCAGCAGGAACUUCCCCUCCUUCCAUACCAAUCCCUGCUUUCCACUCUCAAUUCCUGCAGGACCAGGAAAAAGCAGUGUGAAAGUUACCCUCCGUCAGCACUGCCAAGAUAGCAAGUGUUGUCCAAUAGGUUUCCAUAUUUUCCAGGUGCCUAACAGCAGCUGGAAACCACAUACUUCCUCUUUUCUACACUUGGAGCCACUAGUUAGCUGUGUACCUCAUUGCUAUUCACAGGAAGUAAGCCAGCUUUGCAGACUUCCUGCAGGAAGCUAUUUAAUUAUACCUUCUACCUACUUGCCUGAUACAGAAGGCGAUUUUACAGUGGUCAUAGCAACCAAAAUAGACAGGAAGCGCAUUCACAGCCGGGAGACACUUGGACAAGUAUUGCAAGAAAUUUCAUUUACAACUGUGAUGAAAAGGUAAUGUGUAAUUAUCCCACUGUUAUUCUGAGAAACACCAGAAGGCGCAGGAAUUCCUCAACUCUUGCUGUUUUCAGUUUUCAGUGGAUUAGCAAGAAGAGACUCUUACCCCAGCUGUUUUCACUGGUACCAACUGUCAGGCCUAAAGCGACUUCUUUGUAGAAAUACUUCCUUAAUCUUGUACACUCUGAAUAUUUGUUCCUCCCAUGUUUUUUAGAACCAGCAUUGUACAGCAAAUGAUAAUGUACCUCAGUUUUUGAAAAACACAAGUGAAGAAUAUGUGCAUUGAUCCAAGCUACAAGUUUUGGAAGAAAACCAGGAAAUGUAUGUGCAUAAUGAAAUAAUAAUUUUUUUGG